AUGGAUUCCAGAUCAUCUAGUCCCAAUACCACUAGUACCAGUUCAACCACCAAAAAAGUCCGUUCUAAAUAUUCUCGACCUUGCGAUAGUUGUAGUGUACGUAAAGUACGUUGUGAUCUACAAACCCCUUGUUCAAGAUGUAUAAAACAUAAUCUCCCAUGUACAAAUAAUCGAGUUAGAAAGAAAUGUGGACCCAAAAAUAUUCAUCAAAAAACAAGAGAUGCUAUAUCACAAGUAUCAAGAAUAUCAUCAACUUCAACUCCAACUCCUAUUCGGUCGCCUAUUCUUGUAAAUCCUACCACUGAUGGAUUUGAGUUUAAGAUUCCAGUUGAAAGUUUAUUACCAUGUUUACAAAUCUAUCAAACUUGGUAUUAUGGAGUAUGGCCAGUUAUAUCAGUAGCCCAAUUGGUUUCAAUCCUAAUGAAUAAAUCACCAACAUCAGACUGUGAUUCAGAAACAUUAUCAACAUAUUCAUUAAGUUGUGCUUUAUCAGCAGCAACAAUAAAUCAAGUCAGAUUCCUAAAAUCAAAUUUUCAUUUAUUUUAUUUGCCAGAACAAGUUCAAAAUCUUGAUUUUGCUCAGGAAUGCUUUAGGGCAAGAGAUGAAUUUGAUUAUCGGUCAAAUCCAAGUUUAGAAACUUGUUUGACUUGUUUCUUCUUAUAUGCAUAUUAUGUAAAUACAAUUGGGGGGAAAACCAAGGCGAUAAUUCAUUUACGUGAAUCAAUAUCAAUUGCUCAAAUAUUAGGAUUACAUAAUCCCGCAAGUUUUAUUAAUAAAUCACCAGCAGAAGUUCAUAGAAUGAAGAAAGUUUAUUAUUUAUUAUUGGUGACUGAAAGAUAUGUUUGUAUUGAAGAUAGUAUUCCCGUAAUACUUGAACCUACAAUUCCAUUACCUUCUUUAAAUGAUGAAGAAUAUUCUGUAUUAAUUAGUGGAUUUCGAGAAUUGGUUAAAAUCUUUGCCAUCCCUGAUCGAACAUUCUUUGAUCGAUUUAUUGCCUUGAAAUCAAACAUGGGAGAACCUAACUCUAUGAUGAUGCCAACAACAACCUUCCAUUCAUCAUCAUGGCUCGUGAAUGUUCAUGAACAAUUACAAAACAUUCGAAUAAUGGAUGAUGCCCCCAAUAUUCAAAAAUUAAAUAUCACCUUGAGUAAAUAUUGGAUGAAAGCAUUAGCAUGGGAUAUAACCAAGAAAAAUAACUUAUUAGAUGAAUAUGAAAUCAGUUUAUCAAGAUGUUUCCCCAUGAUAAUUGCCCGGGAUUUUUUGGAAGAAACGAAAGAAUUACCAAUUGAUUCAUUUGAAUCAAAUGGACCUGGGGUAUGUGUUAAACUACUGGCAAUUAUUGAUAGUUUAAUCGAUUCAAUGAGUUUAAGUAAAGAUUAUAGUGGGGUUGCUUAUUUACAAGGAAUGGUGACAUUAAUGUCAAGAUUGGAGAAUGAAAUUGUCACAUCUCAUUUACAUGAUUAUAUGAAGAUUUUGAAUGCUUUAAUAAAUAGUCAAAAUUUACAUUCUCCAUCUCCUGCAAUUGAAAUGCCGAAUUUUACGGAUGGUGGUGGAGGUGGACAUAUUUCUGAACUUUCAAGUGAUGAUUGUUCAGAAUCUUCAAGUGUUAACCAAGACGGGAAUGGAAAGAAUAAUAAUACUAAUAAUGGAAUAUCUCCAUUUACACAAAUGACAAUGGCAUUUUGUAUGAGUCCAGCAGUUGGAUCUACACCUGUGCCUGGGACAACACUGACUUCUGGAUCAGCACCAGGACCAGGAGCAGGACCUACACCUGUCCAUGUAUCUGGACAGGGACCUGCAACUUCACAAUACGCAAAUAUAGAUGAUUUAUAUAGUCAAUGGUAUCCAUAG